GAACUGUGUGCUCCUAACGAGUAGUUUCUGGUCGCCAGAGGGGAGCGCGGACCGCUGAGCACCCGGAGCGUGGUGGCGGCAAGGGCGUCGCAUGGCUGGGUACCAGAAGUCAGCUUGUGUCUUCCUUCAAUGUCAAAGGUUUCACACUACUGUAAGCAGGCACAAAGGCAGAACAGCUAUAGAGCAUCGCUGGCUGAUGAGGCACUUGAAGGACCCAUUUGUGAAAGCUGCAAAAGUGGAAAAUUACCGUUGCCGGAGUGCUUUCAAACUUUUGGAGAUACAUGAGAAGCACCAAAUUUUUCAUCCUGGGCUUCGUGUAUUAGACUGUGGUGCUGCCCCUGGUGCAUGGAGUCAAGUAGCUGUCCAGAAAGUCAAUGCUGCAGGCACCGAUCCCAACUCCCCUGUUGGUUUUGUCCUUGGGGUAGAUCUCCUUCAUAUAUUUCCACUGGAGGGAGCAAUCUUCCUCUGUUCAGCUGAUGUAACCGACUCAAGGACCAUGAAGAAAAUUCAAGAGCAGCUUCCUGGCCAGAAAGCCGAUGUGAUUUUGAGUGAUAUGGCACCCAAUGCAACUGGAUUUCGGGACCUUGAUCACCAAAAGCUCAUAAACAUGUGCCUGUCUCUUCUGAACUUUGCUUCAAGUAUAUUACAUCCAGGAGGGACAUUUCUCUGUAAAUUUUGGGAUGGAGGUCAACGACAUGUCUUACAAAAUAGGCUAGAAAAGGAAUUCAAGAAUGUCAGGACUAUAAAACCUGUAGCUAGCAGGAAAGAAUCAUCAGAGGCUUACUUUUUGGCAAAAUUAUACCGAGGAAUCAAAACACCUUUGAAAGCGUGAAAGUUAUACCUGUUUUUACUGAUAGGGUUAUUGAGGCCUAUAUUAAGUAGAAAUUUGGAUCAGACCUUGGACUACACUUGCUGUGUAAAUAUAAUGUAAUAUGUAAAUGAAAUGUAAGUUCUAAGCAAAGAAUAGGGAAACAUUUUACUCUGUUGGGUCAUAUACAGAAUUUGGAGCUGGAAGUGCCAUUAGAGAUUAUGUAGCUCAACUUCUCAUUUUAUAGAUGGGAAAAUUGAAGCCCAAAGAGGUUUAGUGACUUCUUCAAGGUAAGUGGGAGAGCCA